AUGGCUGAAGAUGUGAUUAAUAGUACGGUAAACCUGAAGUUGACGGCGGAGGAAGAAGAAGAAAUACAGGUUUCGGAGGAGGGCAGAACGGAGGAAAUGGAUAGCUGCGUUUUAAGCUUGAUAGGAAAAUUCCUUACUUGUAAACCAUACAAUCGAAAAGCUGCUAAAACUACCCUCCAGAAAGCGUGGGGAUUAGAUAAAGAGUUGCAGAUAUCUGAGGUGGGCUCAAAUCUUUUUCAAUUCAAGUUCCAAUCUGAAUAUGAUCUUGAUCGCAUUCUCCGGGGAGGGCCGUGGUGUUUCGAUAACCAACUGUUGAUGCUUACUCGGUGGAAGGCAGGAAUGAGCGCUAAAAAUGUAGUUUUGGAGCAUGCAUCAAUGUGGAUUCAGAUAUGGGGAGUCCCAUUCGAUAUGAUGGCCUCAAAGGUGGCGAUGGAGAUAGGAAAUAAGAUGGGUGUUGUGGAGGAUGUUGAACGGUGA